AUGUCAGGAAGAGGAUUGAAAAAGAAAAUAGAUUCAGAAUGUCGUGUUUUCAAUGAAAAGUGGUCGUUGGAUUAUUUCGUUAAUAAUAAGACUCAAGAAUUCAUUUCGUUUAGUAUAACACUUGACGAAUCAUCAGAUGUAUCUGAUACGUCACAGUUACUUUUAUUUAUUCGAGGUGUUAAUAAAGAUUUAGAAAUUUCAAAUGAACUACUUUCUGAAAAUUUGAAAUGUAUCACUACUGAUGGCGGAAGAAAUAUGUGUGGCACAAAAAAAGGUUUAGUUGGACAGAUAUUUACGAAUUGUAAAAAAGAAGGUUUUAAACCAAUGAUUUUGCAUUGUAUUAUACAUCAGCAGGCAUUAUGCGCAAAAACUUUAGACUUAUCUUGUGUUAUGGAUCCAAUAAUAUCAACAGUAAAUUUUAUUCACUCGAACGCACUUAGGCAUCGUCAGUUUCAAGAUUUUUUGAAAGAAAUAGAAACAGAGUACCCAGAUAUACCGUAUUUUACAGCAGUUCGAUGGCUUAGUCGCGGAAAAGUCCUAUCGCGAUUUUUUGAACUAAGAAAUGAAAUUGAAAUAUUUCUAAUUGAUAAGAAUCGACCAUUUCCUUUACUUAUAGAUAGUGAAUGA